GAUCGUUAAAACGCCUUUCAGUCGGGAUCUUCAGCCCAAAGGGUGCAGGAUCGCAGCCAGGAGCAUUAUUCCCCUUCGAAUCGAAGAACUGAGAUCGAUUGGUGCAUAGAUAUCAAGGAAACCCACUCAUUUCAACUCUAGCACCAUUCGAAAUCAGUGCUUUUGAUAAGAAACAAUCAGCAGAGUGCGUCAAUCGGAGUGAAUUUUUACGGUGCCUUUAGCGAACUUAAAUAAGAACGUUAAAAAAAAAUUAAUAUAAAGGAAAGAGUAGAUAUAAACUAACAAGUAAUGAGUGCCAAGUUGCAACCGCGUUGCUGAAGGAAGCCAAUAAAGUGCAGGCGUGUCUCUGACCGGGUCUUCAGUCGACGAUCAGAACAAGUAAACAACAAUUACUUUGUCAUCAAUGGAAAUAGAUUUCUUAUCGCAGCCGAGACGAAAAGUGUCGCAAGACUUUAUAGUUUACAUUGAGUUUUUAUUGAUUGUGAAAAAAGCCAUCUAAAAGUAUUUACUAUCAGUGGAAACAUUUUUGGUUUCUCUCGUCGAACAUUAUAAUUACCAGUUUUUAUAAAUAGAUCGGAUUACUGAAUGCUUUGCAAAAAAAAGAGAGAUUUAUCGUUGUUCAUAGAAAAAAGGAAGUAUAAGUUCGCUUACUCUAUACAUCAUUGCGUAUUGGGGUGAUUUUAAAUUAAUAGUAGGUAUCCUUAUCUGAAUGGAUACUUAUAAAUAAUUUACAACGUAACAAGGCAAAAUAUAUCUCUAUCCUUGUGUUGGGAAAUUGACUAUUGAUUUGUUCUUAUUGAUUAGCGUUUUCCAUUUAACAGCUAUUUUAUAACGAAUGUCACUGAACUAAGAUAAAACGUAAUCUUACUUUUUUAUUAAAGGAGUAUAACGAUUUCCCUUAAACCUUCAAAUAACAAUUUAUGUUGCUUAACGCGCUUAUCUCUUUAGGCCACAAAUAUACACAUUAUCUUAUAAAAGUAUGUGCCAAAAAACAAUUGUAGAAAACUUCAAAAUAAAAGAUAAAUUAAGAAAACAACCAAUUUAUUGGGUAUGUUAAAAAUAAUCAAAAAUAUUGGAACAAAAGUAUGCCUACAUUUAACACACUCAACAUUUUAGUUAUGUGAGAUUCUAUGGUCAAUGACUUCAAACUGUUUACUUAAGUCAGUUGAAAACUUAUGCCUGCCAGUGUAUGUUAUACAGUCACCACCAAAUUUUAUUGAAAAACCACUGAUCUCUGUUUAUGACACGAACCAAAUCUUAUCUUUUUUGGGUGUAGUAAAUAAAAAUGUCAUCCGAUUGGAAAAUCUGGAAUUUGUCGCUAUAAAAGGCCCAGCUGGCAAUUGCAAAAUGCUAGUUGAACCUAUUUAAGUCGAAGUGACGGUGUACUUGUUUCAAAAUGCGAGGACUUUCAAGUUCCUUGGUCCUGCAGGCCUUGCUGCUGGUCGUGAUGGUUCAUCAAAGCACCCAAACGCGGCUUUUAAGCGACACCGACGACAUCUGUAAACUUUUUAAGGAUGGAACCAAACUCCGAAAACCUGGAGCCUGCAACGAGUGGAUUGAGUGCAAAGACUCUAAGGUUUCGGAUAGCGGAAGUUGCUCGGGCGAUACGCCGUAUUUCAGUCUAUCCACAAACGGAUGCUACAAAAGUAUAAGCGACACCUACUGUACGGCACCUUCUUGCAAGGGAGUGUCAGAGGGUUAUAUCGGGGAUACCUUAAACUGCGCCAAUUGGUACUACUGUGAUUCAGGUGUGUUAAAAUUGAAUGGAAUCUGCCCCUACGAAAUGCACUUCGAUCAAGUCAACGGGCUGUGCGUCUAUCCAGAGAAUACUGUUUGUGCCGCCUCAUACGAAUUGUGCAAUAUUGUGCCCAAAGAUGUUCGCUUCCGCGACGAAAACAAUUGCAACAUGUACCACACCUGCGAAAGCUACAAAAUAAAGAAUUACACCUGCGAAACUGGCUCAUAUUUCAAUGUGGCCACGGGUGAAUGUGGCCCAAAAAAGGAUAUAGUCUGCGAUAACCAUCCUCUUCCAGAGGACGUAUGUGGCACCAAGAAACUGGCCAUGCGUAACAAGUUCGUCGCGGAUCAGGCCACCUGCCGCGGUUACUACUAUUGCCGUGACCUUGGCUCUGGAGUACCGGAUCCGGAUCCCAUUUAUCUGCAUUGCGACGAGAACACCUUCUUCAACCAGGAGCGGCAGGGGUGCAUGCCUCGCGAGAGCCAGAAGUGUAUCUACGAUCGGUGCGAUGGCCGCCAGGAUGGCUACGAAGUGGCCGAGGACGAGGGCUGCCACAACUACAUCAUAUGCGUCGACGGCCGGGAGACUACUCCUAUGAGCUGCGAAAGUGGAUACUUCAAUGCUGCCACCCAGAGUUGCACAGCAACUCAGAUAACUUAUGGAGCUUGUUCCGCUUAGUGCUAAAAAGAAUUAAAAAAGUUGCAAUUCAAAAUCAGGGUUUCAAUUCGACUUUCGGUAAAUUUUAUGAUUUUUAAUUCCCACAUUGGGGUCCAUUAUGAAAGCCAUUGGAAAUAUGGAAAAUUUGAACAUGAAAAUGGCUUAAAAAAUGAACCCUCGUUUAAAAGUAAUAUUUUAAAGUAGAAUAUUAGAAAAUUUAACCACAAAAUCAUAGAGGUAUCCCACGUCAAAAUCUGACUACAAUAACUUAUGUUAUGGAAUAUAGAAGUGGAGUUUUGGGGUCCUAUUCUGAAUGCCAUAGAGAAUCAUGUAUCGAACAUGUAAAUUUGACCAUCGUUUUUAAGAAAUAUUUGAUUACAGAAUAUUAGAAAAUUCAACCACAAAUUCAUAGAGGUAUCCCGCGUCUUAAUCGGGAUCCAAAUACUCAAGUUACGGAGUCUAAAAGGGCAGUUUUCGGGUUACGGUUCGCAAAGCCAUUUGAAAUUCCAAAAAAAAAGAACAUGAAAAUGGGUUAAAAAUUGGACCCUCGUUUAAAAGUAAUAUUUUAAUGUCGAAUAUUAGAGAAUUCAAUCACAAAUUCAUAGAGGUAUCACACGGCUAAAUCGGGAUCCUAUAACUCAAGUUAUGGAAUCUAGAAGUGCCGUUUUGGGUUCUUAUUCUGAAACCCAUUAAGAACUAAGAAAAUAUCGAACAUGAAAAUGGGUUAGAAACUUGACUAUCGCUUAUAAGAAAUAUAUGAAUGUAGAAUAUUAAAGAAUUCAACCACAAAUUCAUAGAGAUAUCCCACGUGACAUCGGACUACAAUAACUCAAGUUAUGGAAUCUAGAAGUUCAGGCUUGGGGUCCCAUUCUGAAGGCCGUUGGAAUUAGGAAAUAAUCAAAAAUCCAUCCAAUUACCCAAGUUAAAUCAAAUCAAAUCAUCAAGUCAUCGAAUAACCGAAACAUGAGAAAAACGUAGAAAGUGUAUAAGCCGUUAUCGUCACAAAAGUUGAUACCAAAAGGUGCGAUCGUCACAAUCUUUUACUUCCUUAAGAUAUGGUUUUGAUUGAUAUUGUAUAGUUUGCGUGGUCAUUUUUAUUCAUGCUGGUAUUUAUGAUUAAAGUUCAUAGUAAGGAACAAUUUUUAUGAAUA